AUGAUAUUACUCCUAUUAAUUCAUGUCCUCACCGCAUAUACUAUUGAUUUAUAAGAGCCUGAACAUUAUAUAUACCCUACAGAAGGAGAACUUUAUCAAAACUACUUUUAUACGGUUCUCCAUUUUGAUGAAUUAAUGUGCAAAAUUGAGCCUUAAAUUCCAAAUGUAUAAGUAAUGAAUUAAUGUGAAGAAAUAUUCCAAACACAAGUAAAUGGUAAUAUUUUAAGUCUAUUAUAAUAGAAUUUAAAUCAAUGUCAUCAAACAAUGCACACUUUAUUAAUUUGUCAUAUGAAAAUGAAGUAAUAAUGUAUGAAUGGAAAAAUUAAAUAAUUGAGUAAGUUGGAGAAUCUGUGAAAAUUGAUUCUUCACUUAAUUUUUUAAAUCUCAGAAAAAAAUGGUCGUUUCUUAGGAUGUGA